AUGGAUUUCUCAUGUCAUGUUUCCAUAAAAAACGAGUCAGACGAGGAUCUUCUCCUUGACGACUCUGGCCUCGACAGUGGGAACUGGCCAUUACGUCAGCCGCUCAACGUUAUCGAAGCUGGAACAGAACAAACCAUCUACCUCGCUCAACCCAGCUGGGGAGGAUCUAAAGCUUGGGUCACGUAUGUAGCGGAAUACGGCCAGGGAUGGACAGACUUUACCCUCGAGUUUGAAUGCCCUGCACUGCCCUUCUCCAAGAACCAUGUCUCAGUCAAGGAUUGUUCGCCGGCCUUUCAGAUUGACGUAACCCAUGUUCAGGAAAGGGGAAGUCCUUUAACUGCAAAUGUAACCAUUCGUAUGAACAAAAGAAAUAGUUUGACCACCACAGAAAAUGACCAGGUCAGAGCAAAUUAUGACAUUGGCGUCGGCGUAUCAUUCCCUACCAAGAUGGACAUCAAGUUUCCUGUUCACGAAAGCAUUGUUGUCGCAGCCUUUAUCAACUCUGACAUGAUCUUCCCCAGAGGCACAGUCUAUAACAAUAUCAACGAUAAGCAAUGGGAAUUCUUCCGCGGCGUCGUCUGGAAUGAUGACCCUUCAUGUCUAUUAUUUGAGGACGUCACACAGGAUAACAGAAUGUUUAGUUUGGGCGUCGAGUGGCUGAACGCUUUCAAGUUUGGCGACGAGAAAUGCAUGACGAAGCGGUCGCACAUGGGCAAUCUUCAGUUCUUCCAUGGCAUGGGAUCCGAAAUGGGCGAGAAGCCAGAGAAGACGAGGAACAACAUUAUUACCUGGAUCGAAGUCAUGUACAAGCUUGCGUGCGGCAAUCAAGGAGUGUCCGAGGACCAUGUUCUCAGUCAUGUUCUUCCCGGAUACUUUGGCAAGGAAACCGUACCCUCAAAAUCCGACACCCUCCGUGAUCUCCUCCUCGCCACGACACCAAAAUACAACAAAGCUGAAAUUCAGAAACGAGCUUUUGGCGUGUGUCUGCAUAUGAUCUCUGACUCAUACGCCCUUGGUCACACUCAGAGGCGCCUUAAGAACCCCGCCGACAUGAUCGAGCGCGAUACAGCGGGCUACAUCCGCUUCCGACCCGACACAUACGGCGACUGGGGCUCGAUCGUCUGUUUCCACACGUAUAACGAUCAAGACGGCGAUCGGCAUUCUCAUUACGAUGACAAAGAUGGCGAGGUAGAUCCGACACCAAGGGAUGUCACUACAUUUAAUGAGACCAUUGGAGCGAGAAAUGCAAUUGAUGCGUGCACGGAGCUGAUCAACUUGUUUGUUAAGAAAACUCAAUGGCAAGAUGGCGUGAAGCAGUUUUUGGAGGAUGAGGUCUUUGUGUUGGACCGUUGUGCCAGACCGUCUGACCAUUUCACCGAUGAAUCUGUAGUAUCGGAUUCUUACAACUAUGAGGAAAAGACCCAGGAGUUUAACUAUGAGGCUGGACUCCAACGCAAACUUGCUUCAUUGGAGGCGGGUCUUCCCUCGAGUGUGUCUGCAAAGGGCGCCUUGGCGAGAAGGUCCAGAGUCAUUCCGGGAGUUGCAAUGGCUGGUCUUUUGUUAAGUGCUCUGCUUUUUACGCUUCUUACUAUGAGAGAGGCUAGUGGUCAAUAG